CCUGAAAUUUAGCGGCCAAAGCCACUGUUGACGUUGACAGUGACAGGGGCCUCAAAGCGGAAAUUAAGCCCACCUAGGUAUCAAUCCUUGUGGCUGACAUCCUAAUUUGCUCCUCAUCGUGCAACAUGGGGAGUCCCAGCUACUGCAAGGGAGAGAGAUGAUGCUCGUUUUGUCAACAUUGGAGGGUUAGCUUGUUCCUUCUCGGUCGCGCCUUCGCCUUUUGUGUAUCAAUUUCCUGCAUAUUGCGUUUGACCAGAAAUCUAGAUAAGGCAAACGUCAUCGAAGCCCGCGCAAACUACGUGGCCUGUAACGCCAUGCCAGUCGCCGUACGGGAUCUUGACGCCUACCGGCGAGACGAACGGUUAGGGGGCAAGUUACUGACUCCCGAGGAGAGGGCCAAGCUUCUCAAGCCCUAUUUGCCCUCACCACACCGACCGGACCCUGCGACGGCAACAGCUCAGGCAAAGAAGAAGCCCAGGCUCGGUGUGCGCCGCUUCAUCAAGCGCCAGUUCCACCUGCUACUCUUCACCCUCAUUCACGCUCUAUUCUCCCUGUACAUGCGCAUCCGCCAGACCUAUCAUGCCGUCGGGAACUGCAUAUACUCGAUAUACUACUAUCACCACCGGACGCCCGAGAUAAUACAGCGAGAUGUCAAGGGGCUAAGCCGGCUGCCUAACCACCUCAGCGUCAUCCUGACCCUAGAGGACCACAGGCGAGACGGCACCGAAAAGCUGAUUGACGAAGCCGCAAACAUCGCCGCGUGGUGUGCCAGCGCGGGUAUUCCACAUCUGUCAAUAUAUGAAAGGACAGGCGUCCUCAAAAGGUCCAUGAAGAAGGUGCACCGCGCAGUCGAGCAAACCCUUCAUGCAUACUUUGGAUCCAACGUCCCGACCGCAAGCGUUGGCGCGCCGUAUGCAACCCCUUUCGAGUCUAUCCCCAUCGACUCCCCCGGCAUGGGCAACGACGGCGGCGGGAGAAAGCAGCUCUCGGUUCUCCUGCUAUCCGAACGAGACGGGCGGGAGACCAUUGUAGAUCUCACCAAGACCCUCGCCGAGAUGUCGCAGCGCAAGAAUCUCAGCGUCACCGACAUCACGCCCGAGCUUGUGGACGCGGAGCUUACUGAGAACGUGAUGGGCGAGCCAGACCUGCUCAUUCUCUUCGGACCCCACGUCGAGCUGUCUGGGUAUCCGCCGUGGCAGAUCCGGCUUACCGAGAUCUUCCACGUGCAGGAUAAUCAAGGGGUCGGGUACCAGGUGUUCUACCGGGCUCUUUGCAGGCUCCAUUUGCCCAAUUUGAUGAUUGAUCAGAUGAAUCCUCAGGACGACACAUCGUCUACAUGCGAUGUGCAGGGGGAGGGAAAGGUGGAUUUGAGCAUGUUCCGUCCUCCCAUCGUUCGCACAGGAACUGCGGCGCUGAACCGCGCCCUCUUCACCAAAAAGGUGGACUUGGCUGCCGCUGCCAUACAAGAUGCCCGCCUCAUUGCCCAGUACCGCAAGGCCCUCCAUGCUAGCAAAGAGAUUUUGCAACUAGACAGGAUCUCGCCGAUUCGGCCCCAUCCGGACCAAGCGCUUGCCGAUCAGGGACGCAAGUGCCUGUUGCUAAACCCCAGUAUCAAGGCCCUAGAGCCUGAUACCUGGGGUAGGACGCUCAAAGAUGGCGUCCAGAAACAGGACCUCACCGUCAUCCCCUACGAGCUCCAGCUCGACUACGACUACUGGAAUUACCGCGACAUUAUGGCCUCGAUCCUGCCCGAGGAACUCCACGAGGAUAUCCCCGCCGGCUUCAACAUCGCAGGCCAUGUAGCACAUUUGAAUCUACGGGAGCAUUACCUCCCUUACAAGAAGCUGGUAGCAGAGAUCCUGCUUGACAAAAACCCCCAACUCAAAACCGUCAUCAACAAGGUCGACAAUGUGGGGACCGAAUCCGAGUUCAGGACGUUUCAGUACGAAGUUCUAGCUGGGCCAGAUGACUUGAAUGUCCAAGUUUCCGAGAGUGGUUGCACCUUUGAGUUUGACUACUCGAAGGUCUACUGGAACAGCAGGCUGGAGACAGAGCAUCGCAGGCUAAUCAACCUAUUCCAGCCCGGGGACGUUGUCUGCGACGUCAUGGCCGGCAUUGGGCCCUUUGCCGUGCCGGCAGGUAAGAAGGGUGUCUUCGUCUGGGCCAACGACAAGAACCCGGAGAGCUUCAAAUGCCUCAAAGCAGCCAUCAGGAAAAACAAGGUGGGCCAAUUCGUCCGCCCCUUCUGCGAAGACGGACGCAGCUUCAUCCACAACGCCGCCGACGCCGUCCUGGCGGCCUCUCGAGCCGGCGAGCACGCCCUCAUCACGCAGAAGGACAAGGGCAGCAGAGACAAGACCCGGAAGCCACCGAGACAGUCGCAGAUCAAGAUCCCCGUUCCACCCACAAUCGCCCACUUCGUCAUGAACCUCCCGGCCUCGGCAAUCGAAUUCCUCGGUAGCUACCGCGGCCUGUACGCGGGCCACGAGAGCCUAUUCCAGCCCUCCUCGACGACGGCCGCUGCGCCCAAACUGCCCCUGGUGCACGUGCAUUGCUUCUCGGUCAAGGCCGACGACGAGACGCCGCUGCUGGACAUUUGCGAGCGCAUCACAAGGGAGUUAGGAUUUCCCAUGCGGCCUGGGGACGAUGUAGACGUCGAGGGCCAGGUCGCAAUCCACAAUGUCAGGGCCGUCGCCCCCGCAAAGACAAUGUACUGCGCUAGCUUCAGGCUGCCGCGGGAGGUUGCCUUUGCCCCUAGGCCAUAGGCCCUAGGCGGGGAAGGGCCCCCAUAGGGCUGGCUCGUGGAGGGUGUUAUCGAAGCUGCUGGCUUGCUGUUAUGGUGGUGGAUGGAUCGUAUGAUGUAUCCGCUCAGGAGGUUUUAGAACCACAGAGACCUCCUUCUGUCCAUCAAGAAUUCGGGCUAUGCCUAGUUCAGCGUGGCCGGCAUACAAAGCAAUCUACACUAUGUAGUUAUGACUAUGCAGCUUCACAGCAAUGGGGGGAAAUCCUACCUUACGUACUUGUCAAGAAAUGCAUGUUUUGUGAUAUCGGAGAUAAAUGUCCAUCCACUCCUUCAACGGGUGAGUUGCACACCAG